UGCACUGCACUGGACUGGACUUGUUGGAAGCAAAUUGGACGGGAUGCCCCCGACGGGGGAGGCUGGAUGUGCAUUACUUCACCGAUCAGAGUCGGGUGGACCGGUGGAGUCGUAGACGAACCAUCCCCGAAAAUCACAGGAUGUCUGAUUUUCUUGAACCGGGUCAAACUGCAACUGGGACGAAUGAUGAAGAAGUCAGACGUACGGAAGUUAACUUUGGAAAAGAUCUAUUAGGGGAGGAGAGAAAGAAGAACGAACAGAAGGAGAAUUAUGAUCCACCACCACCACAGCACCAUACUUGGUGCUAUCUUACAUCCACGCAACUGCAGGAUUACAACAAGAGGUUUGAAGAGAGUGGGGGGUACGAUGUUGGGGAUGUUCCGUAUGAUGCUGUCGAUAUUCCUAUUAAACCAGUUUGCCUGGACAGCCCGAAGCUAUUGGAGAGGAUGGAAAAGUACUCAAACUUAGCUCUUGAAGAGCACAACAGACAUAACGAUACAAAGUACGAGUUUGUGAAGGUCCUCAAGGCAACCUUCAGUACAGGUGGUGCUCGGCGCUACUUCAUUACAUUUCAGAUCAAGGAUAUGGCUGAUCCUGGUUCUCCCACUCUCAACUCAUACCGAGCCAGAGUGUACGAUGGUUUUAAGAGUGAAACAAUCGUCGAGUUCUGCGCACCUGAACCAUAAUCCUAUCUACUCCAUGGUACUUUUUCCCCUCUAUGCACCUUUCGUGAGAGGAAAAUCAGUUGAAGCCUACGUGCAUUUUGUUUGUUGGUGACAUUGUUUAUUGCUUGUUUGAACACUUCAGGUUUAUGGGCAAUGUUGUUUGUACCAUAUGAUAUUAAUAGAUAUGAAAGGCAUUUGUUCGUUCCUCUAAAAGUUGAAUUGUUCUCGGAGCUGAGUGGUUAAAAGAUUAUAUGCAACGAAAUUGUGGAAUAAUAUUGUAACUUUCGCAACUUUUUAGGGCUAAACAAUGCAAUUAGGACAUGUUAUGCACAUGAUGUUUGUUAACCUUUCAUUCUUGUGCUGUUUUCAGGUUAGCGCACAUUAGCUAUAUGCUCAUGGAGGCUUUGAGGUUUAUUCUGAUUUUAUUUGGUCAAAUAUAAAGUCUGAGUUUCUUUACUUUUUGGUUUUAAAAUGCUACCAUUGUUAAGUUUAGGGUGGUUGGUGCUUCCAAACUAAUGGUUUAACUAUCAAUAUGACAGGACCAUUAUCUUCUGUUCAUCAAGUACGAGAGCGAAAUUUGACGUUUUAUAGUGAGCAUAUAAAUGGGCUAUUUGUCUAUGCGUUCCUUGGCUAUUGUGAACUCUAUAUUUUCUCGCGCAUUAGAAAUGGUUUCUUGUGAAGACUGGUUAUUUGGAUGAAGGCUAAGUUUGGUAUCAAAAUCUACAUGGUGGAGGAGUUUAAGGUGUAUCUUGAUGGGUUUCGAAGGACAAAAUUAUGACUUUGUAAUAUUUUUGGGUGGGUGGCUCCCAACUCUUUGUCGGAGGACUACUGUUUAUAUGUAAGUUUCUGUUCCUGGA